AUGAUUCAAAGUGUUUUUCUACAAAGGUACAGGAUAAGUUAUAUAAAAGGAUUUUCUAAAAUACAUAAUAAAACAUUUGUCUUUAUUUUACAUGAGUUUCUAAGAUAUUUUCAGAAUUUAAGUUCAAAACAUAUAAGUCAACAUUUUGAAUUAAGGCCAAAUCUUGCUAAAAAAGUUAACAAAUCAUUAUCUGAAGUAAUUGCUUUCUCAACUGCUGAAUCUUAUGAUUUUUUACAUUUAAAAUCUAUUUUACCAGAAAACGCAAUUUAUUUGCCAAGAAAUAGGGUUUUUUAUAUUCCAAAGUCUUCUUUUGACAUUGAUAUACGUGAUAUAUUUAUAUUUUCCUCUGGCUCUUUUGUUAUAUGGGGUUCUUCUAUAGAAAAAUGUGAAUAUUUCUUAAAUACAGUAAUACGCGGUAAAUUUUCUGGAAUUGAAAUAAGUCCUUAUCAUAAAUACAAAAAGGAAGUCUUUUAUUAUGAGAAGAAUAAAAAUAAAGAUCUUAUUACUAUUGGAAAUGACUUUGAUCAUAGCAAAAUAUCUGAUUUUGAGAGCAUUGCUUCUGAUAAUAUAAUAAUGGCGCAACUAUCUUUUUCAGAAAGCAUGGCUAGAUCUAGUAAAUUAUCUGUUUUAGAAGAUGAACUUGAAAAUUAUUUAAAUCAGCUUAAAACUAUUCCUGAUUCGUUAGUAUUGGGUAAAGUUCCUCUUAGUAGAUCAGAGAUUAUUAAGAAAACGGGCACUCUUCUCAGGUUUCGCUCACAUUUUAAUCUUUAUCCUGAAAAUUUUCUUGAUCUUCCCGAAUUCUAUUGGGAAAAUGUAAAAUUGGAAGAGUGUUAUUUAAAAGCAAAUGAGGCUUUGGAUAUGAAUUUAAGGUUAGAUAUUGUUAAUACAAAACUUAAUUAUGCAACCGAAUUGCAAUUUACUCUUAGACAAGUAUUAAGCGAAAAUACAACACAUCGUCUUGAAUUGAUUAUAAUAUGGUUAAUCUUUAUUGAAACUGUAUUUGCAGUUGGCGGUUAUUUUGAUACUAUUCAUAAAAAUAAGAAAUAAUUAAAGUUAUUUUAAAAGAUAUGUUUUUUGAACAAUGAAUAUUGCUAUUAUUAAUAAUGUAUGG